AUGAUUCAACUUUUCCUCUUCUUCCUAAGAAUGCAGAAGGAGUGUCAAGUGUGCAAACUACCCAGCCAUGGCAAGCAUUUCGGAGUGAAUGCAUGUAGAGCGUGUGCUGCCUUCUUCAGGAGGACUGUGGUUCUAGGCAGAAGAUACGUAUGCAGAGGAGGAAGUGAAAAUUGCAAUGUCAGCGGGAAGAUUAUCUGUAGAGGAUGUCGUUAUAGGAAGUGCAUCGCAAUAGGGAUGACAACCGAGAAUGUUCAGUGGAAUCGAGAUGCUCUUUCCACUACAGUACAGAAGCUGGUGACCUCUUGCGACGCUGAUCAAUGCAGUAAAUUAGAUAAUGCCUCCUGCACUGCUAACGUAUCAAUUAUGGAAGACUUGAGAAAAUUAUUUUCUCAGGAUCGACAACAAUCCUGUGAGGACAAAGGUUUGCUGCUGCAGAUGUUCAACGCUUUGGAGGGGUACAGAGCAAUUGACGGCGUUCAAUAUGUCAUGGAUUUAGAAACUCUCGAGCAGCAAUCAGUUUCACAGAGGACUUGUUUGCUUGGAAUUGCUAACUGGAUGAUGAGCAAUAAAUAUUUUGCCAUGCUUCCGCUACAAGAGAAGAAGCUUUUGUUCGACGGGACAUGGAAACAGUGGCUAACAUUUGAACGAGCACAAAUGUGUGUGCAAGUGCAUGGAGAAAUCAUUCAAAAACAUAUCACGGCAUUUGUAAGAAGAGGUUCAGCUACCAAACUGGACAGCAUCCGAUCAGACUUCCAGUCCACUGCUGAUGGACCAGGAGAGAUGAGAAGCGUGGCCGAAGAAGAUGUUAGUCGUGUGACGGAAGAUGUCGUUGAGCCUUUGCUCGAUCUUAACUUGGAUCCUCAUGAGAUUUCAUAUGUUUUCAACGCUCUUGUAUGGCAUGUCGAAGAACAAGACGUCCUGGAAUCGACUAGAAAUACAGCUGAAGAGGUAUUAGACCAAAUAUCAGACGAACUACACGAGCAUUACACCUAUGAUCUCAAAAUGGCCAACUACGCAGCUCGACUCAAUCGUAUUCUUGGUUUGAUAUGGGCAAUCAAAAAAAACCAACGGGUUCUCUUGAUGAUUUGUGGCACGAUGGCAGCACUAGGUAUCAAACAGGAGAUGCUGCAAGACUAAGGACGAGUAACGCCCAUACUGUUUGUGACAUUCUUCGAUUUUAUAUAAAGGAAGAUUACGAGAGUGUGAAUCGAAUCGGCGACUGUGAAUUACAACAACAAUUUUGUCCUGGCAUUCGUAAAAUCUCGAAAUGCAUAAACGUUGUUCCC